AUGAAUACCUACAGUGAAAAAACAUCUCUUGUUCAAGAUGAAUGUCUUGUCAAGAUGAUACAGAAUGGGCAUUCCCGGCGUAUGGGAUCUGUGGAAGAUUUGUACGCUGCACUCAACAGACAGAAAUUGUAUCGGAAUUUUUCGACAUAUUCAGAGCUGAAUGAUUACUGUACCAAAGAUCAGCUCGCAUUAGCUCUAAGAAAUAUAUGUUUGAAAAAUCCGACUCUCCUACAUAUUGUAUUACCGGCAAGAUGGCCAGAUCAUGAAAAGUAUUACCUUAGCUCAGAAUAUUAUUCACAGCCCCGUCCAAAACAUGAUUAUAUUUCAGUUUUGCCUGAGUUGAAAUUAGAUGGUGUGAUUCUCAACGAGCAACCUGAGCACAAUGCCCUAAUGAAGCAAAUACUAGAAGAAUUUGCGAAUAGCAAUGGAUCUUAUACUGCAAAAAUCUUUAAAUUGACCACCGCUUUGACUAUACCUUACACUGGGCCAACAAGUCCAACUUGGCGGUUGAUUUGUCUCCCAGAAGAAGAUGACACGAAUAAGUGGAAGAAAUUUAUAUUUGUAUCCAAUCACUGCAUGUGCGAUGGUAGAUCCUCAAUUCACUUUUUUCAGGAUCUAAGAGAUGAAUUAAACAAUAUAAAAACUCCGCCAAAGAAAUUGGAUUACAUUUUCGAGUACGAAAAGGAUUACCAACUUUUGAGAAAGCUCCCAGAACCCAUUGAAAAUAUGAUAGAUUUCAGGCCGCCAUAUUUGUUUAUUCCGAAGUCUCUUCUUUCUGGUUUUAUUUACAGUCAUUUGAGGUUUUCUUCAAAGGGUGUUUGCACGAGAAUGGAUGAGAUAGAAAAAAGUGAUGAGAUUGUUACAGAAAUUAUCAAUAUUUCUCCAUCAGAGUUUCAAAAAAUUAGAACGAAAAUUAAAUCAAACAUUCCCGGUAAGUGCACCAUCACUCCGUUCUUAGAAGUUUGUUGGUUUGUUACUCUCCAUAAAUGGGGCAAGUUUUUCAAACCACUGAAGUUCGAGUGGCUCACUGAUGUUUUUAUACCUGCAGAUUGCCGCUCAUUGCUGCCUGAAGAUGAAGAAGUGAGAGCUAUGUACAGGUACGGCGCUAACGUCGGGUUUGUUGACUUCACUCCAUGGAUAAGCGAAUUCAACAUGAACGACAGCAAAGAAAAUUUCUGGCCACUUAUUGCACAUUAUCAUGAAGUAAUUUCCGGGGCGAUAAAAGACAAGAAGCAUCUCAAUGGUUUGGGGUUCAACAUACAAGGCUUGGUCCAAAAGUAUGUCAACAUUGAUAAAGUAAUGCGUGAUCGUGCUCUUGGUAAAUCACGUGGGGGCACUUUGUUGAGCAACGUAGGUAUGUUCCACCAAUCGGAGGAGACCGAACACAAGUAUCGUAUAAGAGAUUUGGCCUUUGGUCAAUUUCAAGGGUCAUGGCAUCAAGCUUUUUCAUUGGGUGUUUCUUCGACUAAUGUGAAGGGAAUGAACAUUUUGAUUUCUUCAACGAAAAAUGUCGUGGGUAGUCAAGAAUUGUUGGAGGAGCUUUGUGCUAUGUACAAGGCUCUGCUUUUAAAUCCCUGA